AUGGGGACCGUCAACGCACCUAUCCUCCUCUCCUCAGAUGUCCACAACGAAGACCACACCGAACCGGAGCCGAGGGGCGACGACUACAUCGAACUCGUCUGCGCUUCAAAGCUGUACAACAACAUGCCUUUCCGACAGAAGGUUAUCAAGGACACGUACAUCUUCUUGCGGCAGAUGCGACCCGACCUUGUGCCUUGGACUGCUAGCAUAUGGGACACAAACACCGCGCGUGACGGCACGGUACUUGGCGGUUGCAUGUUUGCCCAAGCUGAUCCUACGAAGGCCUACAAGCAAAACAAGCUCGUGAAGAGCCCCGGGAUAGUUCUGGAGUAUGGGAUAUAUGCUGGUGUAGGUUGCACGCUGGUGCACGAGCUUCUCGACAUACUUCGUAUGCUAGAAACCGUCUAA